AGCCAACUCUUAGGGUUGGCUUAAAAGAGGAAAAAGAAAGGAAGAAAAGGGUAGUUUCCCAAAAGGAAGAAAACAGUGUUAAAACAAGGAUGGUUAAUUGUUUUCAUUAUUUGCCAGUUUUAUCUCUGAUUGUCUUUGUGGGGAAUACGCCUGUUUGUUUUUGUGGCAUCUUGUCAUCAUGGCUGGAACACCUAACUGGUACAUCAACAGACUCAGCAGAUGAUUAUUACUAUGAAUAUGGCACUGAAUAUGCAGAGGCAGCACAGAAUGAUCAUGGACUUGAUUUUGAUGCCACAGAUCCUGACUGGUUUCAUGAAUACUUGGAUUAUGAUGAAAAUCCUUGUGAUACCAAGCCAUGCCAGAAUAAUGGCAGUUGUGAAAGGAAUAGAAAGAGCUAUACGUGUCACUGCCCCAAACCAUAUACAGGAUCUAAAUGUGAAAAGGUUCAAAACACAUGUAAAAGAAUAAAUUGUCAUAGAGGAGACUGCCUUGUAACUGUAAGAGCGCCUUACUUUCGAUGCAGUUGCCGACAUCCCUACAAAGCGUCAUUUUGUGACAAAGCACAAUCAGCUUGCCAACCAAAUCCCUGCAAAAAUGGAGGAACUUGUCAGAGGCAUCGGAUAAGAUCCAAGUUCAGUUGCAAGUGCCCUGAGACAUUCAAAGGGAGGUUUUGUGAAAUAGGAACUGAAGACUGUUUUAAAGAAAAUGGGCUUACCUAUAGAGGAAAUGUUAGUCAGACAAUACUCCACAAAACGUGCCUUCACUGGAAUUCCCAUCUUCUCUUGGAAAGUAAUUACAAUUCAUUUAUGGAAGAUGCUGACGAUCAUGGCCUUGGUGAUCAUAACUUCUGCAGGAAUCCAGAUGGUGAUGAAAGACCUUGGUGCUUUGUCACUACAAGUAACAAAUUGAAAUGGGACUUCUGUGAUGUCUCCCCAUGCCCGGCAUCAGCAGAGUUCUCUAAGAAUACCAUCAUGUCCACCAAGAGCCCUACAGUGGAUAACAUACCCAGGACAUGUGGAAAACCAGAGACAAGGAGUCCAAUAAAGCGAAUCUAUGGUGGUACCAAGACAAUGACUGGAAAGCAUCCAUGGCAAGCUUCUCUUCAGAGAAAAUUUUCAUUGAAUCCUUUUUGGCAAAAGGGACACUUCUGCGGAGGAACAUUGAUAGAGGCAUGCUGGGUCCUGACUGCUGCACAUUGUAUUCUAAGAACAGAUGCACGUACCCUCCAAGUGGCCCUUGGAAAACAAGAUCUCGAUUGCAGGGAGUAUCAUGAACAGAUGUUUGAUGUAGAAAAGAUCAUUAAACAUGGACACUAUACAGAACGUGAUGAAAUCCCAUACAAUGACAUUGCUUUGUUGAAACUGAAACCGAAAAAUGGCCAUUGUGCCAUAGAAACAAAAUAUGUCAAAUCGGUGUGUUUACCAGGUGGAAUUUUUCCCGACAAUACUGACUGCUACAUAUCAGGUUGGGGAGAUACAGAAACAGGUGAAUCAUCUCAUCAGCUGUUAGAUGCCAGAGUAAAGCUGAUUUCCCAGAUGCAGUGUAACGCACCAAGUGCAUAUAAUAACAGACUGGAUGAAAGCAUGCUUUGUGCAGGAAAUCUUCAGAGAACAAGAGCUGAUACUUGUCAGGGAGAUUCAGGCGGUCCUCUAACCUGUGCAAAAAAUAGAUCUUAUUACCUCUAUGGAAUAGUGAGCUGGGGAGACCAAUGUGGAUUAAAAAAUAAACCAGGGGUUUAUACCCGUGUGACAAGAUUUCUUAACUGGAUCCGUACAAAAAUCCAAGAAGAACCCAAUUAAAAAACAUACUUCACAGAAAUAAAGUUUAUACAACUUAUACAAGCCUGAAGCCACAAGAAUGAAGAGCAGAACCAAAGCUGCCCUUGCCCUGCUCUGCCAAUGCCCAAUUUCGGGAUCUACCACUGGAAAUAUGAUAAGCAGCAGAAUUAUCAACAUGAAGCCUUUGGUAAUAGGGACCUCCAGUAUGGAUUAGCAUUCCCACUGCAUCAGUGAAGUAAUCCCCUCUAGAGAACAGAUCAGCAAUUUACAAUCGUUCUUUUAGAAACUAACAUGUAUGCAAGAACGACACAUUAUCUGAAAAAUAGCUGCAGAAAACGUGAACUAUGCUUAAGAUCUCAUGAAAUCAUCACAGUGAUAAUGUGGUUCAAUGUCUGCUUUAAUGUGUGUAGCUAACCAGUUACGUGUAGUUAGAUUAUUAAGGGUUCUGGCUCCCUAAAAGUUCAGGUUGGCCUGAAACAAUGUGAAUAUAAGUACAGUAAAGUCUCACUUAUCCAACAUAAAUGGGCCAGCAGAACGUUAGAUAAGCGAAUAUGUUGGAAAAUAAGGAGAGAUUAAGAAAAAGCCUAUUAAACAUCAAAAUAGGUUAUGAUUUUACAAAUUAAGCACCAAAACAUCAUGUUAGACAACAAAUUUGACAGAAAAAGUAGUUCAUUACACAUUAAUGCUAUGUAGUAAUUAAUGUAUUUACGAAUUUAGCACCAAAAUAUCACAACGCCUUGAAAACAUUGACUACAUAAAUGCGUUGGAUAAUCCAGAAUGUUGGAUAAGUGAAUGUUGGAUAAGUGAGACUUUACUGUACCAGUAAAAGGAUUUUCAUGGAAUACAGGAAAAUAUGAGAUCUGUUUUCAGAGCAUGUCAUACAUGUUCCCUACAACAGUCUAAAGAGGUGCACAAGAAUACAACUCUUGUGAAUCAUGUUUCCAGGGACCAUAGCCAGUUGCAUCCAAUUAUUAUAUAUUUCCUAUAUUUUUGAAUACAAUGAUUCUUAUUGAACUAGUAGGAGAAAGUCAGAAGUGACUUUGCAUACUGCGACAUAGGAACUUCUCAUUCCUAUAACUUGUAAAAAGGUACUAUGAUUGCAUCUUGAGAAACAAAUGCUCACAUGUUAUAGUGGUUUAAUAUUGCACUUGGACUUGAAAGAACCAUGUUUCACUGUCCACUGCUCCAUUGCAUUCACUGGGCGGCCUCUUUAUUUUCUCUUAUCAUGGCAUAGCCCAUAGAAUUGAUUGUUUUAUAACAGUGAUUCUCAGCCUGGGGUCCCCAGAUGUUUUUGGCCUACAACUUCCAGAAAUCCCAGCCAGUUUACCAGCUGUUAGGAUUUCUGGGACUUGAAGGCCAAAAACAUCUGGGGACCCCAGGUUGAGGACUACUGUUUUAGAAGCUUACAUACUGUAAGCAAUUUGGAAGAUGGGGUGGGUAUACAUGGAGGAAUAAGCAAACAUAUAAAACAAUGUGUCAUACAUCACUGGCAAUUUCUCUAGAAGCUUUAGCUGUCUGGAAGGGUAUGGCAUCCAAUCGUAAGUCAUAGCCAGCUGCCCUUGUCUGCUCCCAGGAUGUUUUAUAUUGCUUCUGCAUUAAAGAAGGAAGGGAAAAGAAAGGAAAAAGAAAACAAGAAAGAUAUAAAAGUAGCAAUUAAUUACUGCCUUUUGAUGUGAUAAUAAAGUUCUCUGAAAUUUG